UGAGACGGUCGGCCAGGCGGAGGGGAGGGCCGAUGGACGGGUCACAUGGGCACUACUGAGAACAUUCAGUUCUCCUGACAAGGAGUCAUCCAAGAGGAGUUACACCGGUUGUGUAGGAAAGCGUCUUUUCCCUUUAUUUCUCUCUCUUUUGGGUUUUCCCCGUCUCGUUUUGACAUCGAUUUUAGAGUUAUGAUCCCGUUCAAAACAGACAUCUGAUGUGCUUUGAAGCAGUCUGCCCAUUAGAUUAGAGGGUUGUUGGUUUGCAGCGGAGCGACCGUAAAAAAACGACAACUUUAGGAGUGCUUGUGGUGAGUCCAGUCUGCAAUAAUUUAAUUUCUGUGCAGAUCUCUGGACCAGCGAUGCCCGAAGACAUUGGAACAGCCAAGCCUGGGGGAGUAAUAGCAUACAUCUCCUCCGGUUCUGCUUCCAGUCCAGAAUCCUGUAUGAGUGAUAGCUCUAACAGCAGCUAUCAGUCGACCUCGCCAACGCUGCGCCGCCCUGCGCUGCCCAGCCGGGCAGUGGGCGUGGUGGUGGACAUUGCCCCACCGGUCAAACAUGGUCACCAGCGAAGCCACGGGGCCGAGAAGAAUGGCCGUUCUUCUGCAUCCAACAAGAGCAGUAUCACCAAAAUCAACGGCAUGGUGCUGCUGUGUAAGGUGUGUGGUGAUGUAGCCUCAGGUUUCCACUAUGGUGUCCAUGCCUGCGAGGGUUGCAAGGGUUUCUUCAGAAGGAGCAUCCAGCAGAACAUCCAGUACAAGAAGUGUCUGAAGAUGGAGAACUGCACCAUCAUGAGGAUCAACAGAAACCGCUGCCAACAGUGCCGCUUCAAGAAGUGUUUGGCUGUGGGCAUGUCCAGAGAUGCCGUCAGAUUUGGUCGUAUUCCAAAGCGGGAGAAGCAGAGGAUGCUUCUAGAGAUGCAGAACGCAAUGAACAACAUGAUGAACAGCAGUAGUCAGCUGCACAGUAUGCUGCACACUCACCAGAGCCCGCCCCCAUCUUCCUCAUCCUCUUCCUCGCCUGCCUCCGCCUCCGCCUCCCCAUCGCGGUCUGACCGCUCUUCCCCACCCUGCCCCCAGGACUCUGACUCUGUGGUUUCUAUGGACACCAACUCCAGCUCCGCCUCGUCGUGUGCGUCGGACAGUGGGGAGGAUGAGGGCAGCGUCCCGGUGGCCAGGCAGCACCAAGACACCUUCAGUUACAGCCGGCAGCGGUCGCAGGGACUUGGCCAGGCGUUGCUCCCACCGCUUCCCAUUGUCCUGGAGACGGCGGGCGUUGGCCGACCGGACGAGCAGCCAGACAGAUGGAACCACUGGAGCGAUGGUGCCACAGGAAGUUACCUGCACCAAACCGACCAACAUGUCACCAACACUGCUUUUCGGGAGGAGAGCGCAGUGUACCAGCAACAACUUAGCAGCGCCCCCAGUUGUCAUAAAUCAGAAAGUGGCCUGAGUCUUCCACAAGCUGACCCCACCAGUUAUAAUGGACCAAACACCAGUGUAGACAACAGAGCAUACCUGGUUUGUCCCAUGAAUGACUCGCCUUACAUGGACCCCUACAAGCCAAGCCAGGAGAUCUGGGAAGAGUUCUCUAUGAGCUUCACUCCGGCCGUGCGGGAGGUCGUUGACUUUGCCAAGAGAAUUCCAGGUUUCAGGGACCUGUCGGAGCAAGAUCAAGUCAGUCUGCUGAAAGCUGGAACGUUUGAGGUGCUGAUGGUGAGAUUUGCCUCUCUAUUCAACAUGGCCGAGCGGACGGUGACCUUCCUCAGUGGCAAGUGCUACAGCCUGGAGAUGCUCCGGUCACUCGGCGCCGGCGAACUACUGAACUCCAUGUGUGAGUUCAGUGAAAAGCUGGCGGCGCUGCGGCUUGAGCCAGAUGAAAUGAGCCUCUUCACCGCUGUUGUCCUCGUCUCAGCUGAUCGCUCGGGGAUAAAGGACCUGAACUCUGUGGAGGUCCUUCAGGACAAUCUGAUCCGAGCACUGCGCAGUUUGAUCCUGACGAACCAUGGCGAUGAGGCGGCGACCACCUUCACCAAACUGCUGCUCAAACUCCCUGAGCUACGCUCUCUCAACAACAUGCACUCAGAGGAACUGCUCUCUUUUAAAGUGCACCCUUAAAGAGCCUCCAAAGGGCCGCUUAAACAACCCCCUCCCCAAACCCCCCUCAGCCCUUCACACCCCAUCCUGGACCACAGGAACAGCACUCCUCCCCCAAACAAGGACCUCUUGUUCCCUCUGCAUCUGACCAACCAAGUUGUUUCUAGAAUGUAUUGUAAAGUUAUUUUUGAUAUUUUUGUUCCAUAGACUAGCGGACAGACUGACCAGAGAAUAUGAAAAAUGCUGUAUUUAUAGAAAAAUAGGUAACUUAAGCUUGUUGCACAAAAACACACGUAAGUGCACGCGUGUCAGAGGUCUUUAGUUCAGCCCAGUUAGAGGCAUGUUUCUAUUUUUGAGAGCUUUAUGAGAUGAUCUAACAUUAGUGCAUACAUCGGUUAGUUUUACCAGGCUUAGCUUUUAUUCUUCUCCGAAGGCCAUUUAAUUCCAAAGUGUAUUUGCUCAUGAGCAGGACGAUGUGAGAAAAAGUGCAUACAGUACAUUGAGAGCAUGUUUUAUUUUAUCCAAUAUUUUGACUUGACAAGAGCAGUAAGCUAUUAAAAAAGAAAGUAUGGAUGACUGUGUGGCAAUCAUUGCUAAUGCAUGGCUAAGCUUAAAUGAACAACUAUAACGGUUUCCUCUCCCAUUUACCAUGGGAAAACAUUGUUUUUCUAUAACUGUAAUGUUUCAGAUGUUCUUCAUGUGCAUAGUGUUAUUGUCUGUCUAAAUUUUAAAUGAGUGCAUGUACCUGUCAACUGCCUCUACCAUGCCUCAUUCUGAGGAGUCUAUGGCAACUUUUUCAGGAACACUACAUUUGCACCUGGUUUUGUGGAACCACCACCAACCUACUAACUCAAAAGCCACAUAUGCCAUCACUGAUCGUUAUGUUAAGUGCAGUAAUGCUUCAAUGUUUUAACCAUUUCCCAAAUUUCUAUCUUUUUAUAGGACAGUUGGGUUUUUUGGAGUUAUUUUUCUUUUCUUUUCUUUUUUUUAAUCUACCUUACCAGAGGUUCAGCACUGAUUUUACAAUUUCAUCCAUCUUCUUGAAAUGGCAUUUUCUUCCAUUGGCAGCAUUGCAAUAUGUACAUAGCCAUGAAUACCUUUCAGGAAUAUGAAUAUAUUAUAGUAUAAAAUAAAUGCAAGUGAAAUAA